AUGCAACUGGUGUUAGGUAGCCUCACUCAGACACAGAAGAGUCUUUGUUUCCCAAAGACAGACAGACGGACAACGAGUGAGGCAGUGCCCCCAGGAAGAUCAGGAUUGGACUUCUGUUUCCCAAAGCCUUGGGGUGGCUGUGGGCUGUCUGCAGAGGAGGGUAGGAGGGAGAAGGAAGGAGAAGAGAAGGAACCUUUAAGGACCCGGAGCCUGAGUUUUCACUGUCUGGGACUAUCUGCCUUAGCAGGGUUUACUGAAAGCAGUUUUCCAAGCAGCCCUGCUGAGCAGGUUCUAAAAGCAAGGGCAGGGGCAUUGGCUCUGAAUGGGAACCCAAUGGGGAACCCAUCAGAAUGGCUGUGGUUACCGGUCAGGUUCUCAUGA